CUGUGGGUUUUGUAAGCUGUUUUUAGACUUUUAUUAAUUGUAUUAAUAAAUGCAUACAUGUUUUUAUUGGGGGAUAUCUACUAAGCAGUGAUUUAUUUUGGCACUGUAGUAUCUCUGUUUAACGCAUUCUCUUUACAGGGCAAGUUUUGGCAGACCAUGGGGUCCACCGAACAAGGAAAGCAGUGCCUCCUACCAGAGGAAGCAGUCUACUUACUAGAGUGUGUGAGUAUACAUCUCAAUUCCUGUCGUGUGUGUGACGAAUAUAUCAAUGUGUGGUGACAACCUAUUACUUAUGCAAGUGCAAAUAUAUGUGCAAAAAAUGAUGAAUGUAAAAUCAAUAAAACUUCCCUUCAGCAAUGAAUCCACCCCGAAGAUUUCCUCUAAUCUUCAACCACAGACUUAAAACAAGAAAGUAGGGGUGAUUUCGCUAGGGGAAAUACAAAAGGCACCACCUUGUGUUUAACUUUGUAUAAGUUCGAUUGGCCAACUUCAAGCUAUCAGAUAAUCUUUAAAGAGAUCACUCUCUCUUGCUUCAGAACCUUGACAGUCUCAGGAUCUUUUAUGGGAAGAGAAAGUGCAAGUUUGAAUAUAAAGUGCAUAACCAUUUUAUUUGCUUACAUGUAAUUUUAAAACAGCAGGUGUAGAAGUCAAAAGCAGUGGAGGCUCUAGACUUGGCGAGGCCUUAGGCGAAACUCAUGUCCCUCUCACCCUGCCACCCACCCUGUGACCCCCCACACUAUGUCACCCUUUACUCAGUCACCACACCCUGUCACUCCCCUCACAGUCACCCCACCUCACCCUGUCACCCUCCCUCUCACACUAGGUCUCUCGCCCCCCCCCACACACACACACACUAGGUCCCCCUCCCCCACCACACUAGGUCCCGUCCCCCCUCACAAAUUAGGUCCCGUCCCCCCUCACACACUAGGUCCCCCCACACACAUACUAGGUCCCUUCCCACCCACACACACACUAGGCCCCCCCACACACACACACACACACUCUCCCUCUCCCCCUCCCCCUCCCCCUCCCCCAAAUAUUGCUAAAUAUUUGCUGUUAAAUGAAAGCCCUGUUUCCCCUGAAUAAAAUGAUAUAUAAUAAGGGUGGGUGCAUUUACUAUGAAAGAGAUGAAUUACGGUUGGACAGGCAUGUAGCGCAAAUGCCAGGUUUUGUUUACAUUUUGUUUCAUUCACAACGUGUACAUUUGGCUCCGUCCUUUAGGGGUUAAUAUAGGGGAAAAUGUACCCAUUACAUUUAAGAAAAACAAAUAACAUCCGGAAGUAGAUACCCUGUUUUAAAAGAAUUAGACUGUAGCAAUAAGAGUUACAACUGAGUUGAAUCAAUAGAGAACGAGAACAGAAAGUGAAUAUAUAGAAGUAUUUAUUUGGACAUUAUAGGUUUUAAGUGUUUCCUUUGUGAGGUCAGUCAGCGGCAAUGAUUAAUAUAAGUAGUGAGUUUAGAGGGGAGUUGUGACCGGGAUCCAAGGCUGAGUCUGGCAACAAUGAAUCAGUCAGCAUCUCAGGGUUAUUUACUGAAGUGAAAAUUCAAAGUGCAUUUUGAAAUUUAAGGCCAAGUGUUUUUUUUUUCUCAUUUCAGCUAAUUAGCGGCACUUACGCAGUGAGAUCUAUAAGUAUAGGUUGGAAAGAGUAUAGCAGUCCAAUAUAUAACUUACAGGACAAAGAACGUCCAGGUUCCAGAUCCCAGGCUGACAUUAGUUAAGCAGUCGGUUUCUUAGCACCGUGAACUGGGGAAUUAUUGUCAAGCCAAGUAUAGAGCACCUAAGUAAGGUGUAUCAGAAGAGAAGCAGAGAAGUUAUCCGUUGUCAUGAUCAAAAAUCAUCGAUCCUAGACCCGAACAAGAAGGGAGACAAGGAAAGGUGAACUCCAGCGUGGAGGUGGAGCAGCUGUAAAGUUUAAUACAUACAGUAGCAUUUCAAGUUCAGUGAGACUCCGUAAUCCAGUUAUUGGAAUUUGAUGAAACCGGUUUAAAUAAAAGAUAAUUGAUCUCAGACCUGAUUAACCUGUCCACUCUUUAGAAACGGAUCAUAUGAGUUCAUUACCUAUUGCAGGGCAAGAUAAUAUGGUAAUCCCCAUUAAUUUACCCUCCAGAGAUUCCUUACAGUAACUGGCUGUUCCAUUCAUGUCACAAAGCAGUUCUUGGACAUGAAUUCGCCAUGCAGCUGUUGAUCCUUGUCUCUCUUCCUAAUGUAGACAGACUUUGAAUGCAUCCAUGCUUAUUAGUGAAUUUAUGUUUUUCUCUUGCCAGGGCACCGUUCAGAUAUUUUACAAAGAGCUGCAAUUAUCAGUCCAGGAGGCAUACGAGAGGCUGCUUACCCAUCAGACAAUCACAAUGCAGCAAUACCAGGUAUAUACCAGCCUGGAGUGAUCCAGCAUUUUGGGAGUACAUCUGCCAUACACAGAUGCAGGCUGGUUAAAGACACUGUAUAGCGGGCUGUAGUUGUUAUGGUGCCAGGAGUGCCGCCCCACCCUGCAUGUAUUCAGAUCGAAAUCUUACCUUGAGACAACCAGCUGUCGCUCGCCAUCUCCACCCUGUACCCGGAAGGUCCAGCUUUCGGAGCUUCUGUUAGCUCUCCUUCGUUCAUCCCUGCACUAAUGAGCUAGCUAAUCACUGAUGCUCUCACCCAAUACUACUCUGAAAUCUCUGAUGGAGGUGAAGAGUGUCAGCCUACAGACCCCAUGUAAGAUGUCAAAUCCUUCUAAAACAGUUUGACUACUUACAUGAAGUGCUGGAGCCUGCAUGCUUAGUGGUUAUGGUGCUUGGAGUGUUCCUUUAAGGUUCCUGGAGGUGUAGACUAAUGAGCCAAAGGGCUGCGUAUGGUUUCCCAAUCCUAGUGUUAUACACAGACAGAAACUGCUAUUCCAAACCCAACUGGUGCACAAGUCUAACAUUCCAGUAUGUGUUCUUGGCUUAUUUACAGGUUUACAGUUAUCUGAAGAGAUUGGGCUAUAUUGUCACCCGCUUUAAAGCCAGGUAAGACAAUACAGUACAUAGAAACAUAGAAUGUGACGGCAGAUAAGAACCAUUCGGCCCUUCUAGUCUGCCCAAUUUUCUAAAUACUUUCAUUAGUCACUGGCCUUAUCUUAUAGCUAGGAUGCCUAUCCCACGCAUGCUUAAACUCCUUUACUGUGUUAACCUCUACCACUUCAGCUGGAAGGCUAUUCCAUGCAUCCACUACCCUCUCAGUAAAGUAAUACUUCCUGAUAUUAUUUUUAAACCUUUGUCCCUCUAAUUUAAGACUAUGUCCUCUUGUUGUGGUAGUUUUUCUUCUUUUAAAUAUAGUCUCCUCCUUUACUGUGUUGAUUCCCUUUAUAUAUUUAAAUGUUUCUAUCAUAUCCCCCCUGUCUCGUCUUUCCUCCAAGCUAUACAUGUUAAGAUCCUUUAACCUUUCCUGGUAAGUUUUAUCCCGCAAUUCAUGAACCAGUUUAAUAGCCCUUCUCUGAACUCUCUCUAAAGUAUCAAUAUCCUUCUGGAGAUAGCAGAGUUGAUGUUGUGCUUUUCUUACUUUAUCUUCGGGUACUAAAACCUUGCCAGCCCUUUCCCCCACAGUUUACACAUGAUUUCUAUUUUGUUGAUCUGUUGUCAUUAAUGAAACACUAUACCCCUUUCAUUCGUCUCUUGACUCUUCUCUCCAUCACUUUGUUUCUGCAGUUCUGUAAUGUCCACUUACGAAAGGCAGAUUAAUGUUCAACCUUGCAGCAGAUCUCGUCAAAAACGUAAGCGGAGCUCCAGUCCAAAGUAAGUAAUUGGUUUCCUUUUUUCCUUUCUCAUUACUCUGAUUCGGCGUACAUAAAAAAGGCAUACUACUUUUCUUUUCUUUUUUUAAUUUUUUUUUUUUUUUAAAGGUUAAAAGAGAAUUUAAAGCAAAACAAAGAAGAUCAACAAACCGUGUUUGAGGACAUACAAGAUCUGAAAGUAGAACAAUCUUUAAAUUCCAGUGUCUGGAUUAACCAGUUCACAUCCACGGGUGCUCGUAUUGCUGAUACCAUAGAAGAUAUAAACCCGGAAUCUGCCAACCAGUUAGAGAACACUCAGACGGAAAAAUUAAGAAGCCCUUUCCGUUGGGACUUUUCCAAAAUCCUCUUUCCCAGUUGUGCCCCGGACCAUUCCUGCAACUUGCUGCCCCCGCCUGAACAUGAACUUCUGCCAGAAAAUGUAGCCGGGCGAGAGUUGGACAUAUCACUAUGGAGACUUAGGCUGAAUCAGAAAAUGGACAAAAUGUCCCGAAGGGAACAAGAGCAGUAUGAUUGGGAGCAACGGUUCAAGACCAGCAUAAACGCAGACCCCAUGGUACAGAAAUGUACGAGUUGGAAGGAAUACAAGAAACUCCUGCAGGAUAGGGGACAUUCUAGCCAGAAAGAAAGGCCUCAUCAUCUCUGGGCCGGUAACAUAACUCCACUGGUGACACCUCAACAUGGGAUGAGCACAGGUGAAAUAGGAAAUUAAUAGUGUCAAUGAGAAAUUAUUAUACUUUAUUUGAAACACAUCUUAUCGCAGUCACUUAUUUUUGUUUUUGCUCUAUAUUUUAUAUUGUCUUUUUAGGGUUUGUCAUUUUUUUUUAUUUUGCGUAAUAUUGCUAAAUUUGCAUUUAUACUGUCCAGCGGUAUGUUCUGACUCUUUUUGUUUUGCAUGUACGUUGUUUUCUUUCGUUUUAUUUUGUAAGGGUUUUUUUAAGUCUAAAGACAGGUCAACUAUGUUCCACAAAUAUGCAGUUUGGUGUUGUGCAAUUACUGUCGACAAAAAAGUAUACACUUUGUGCAUAGUGACCAUUGAUGUACAUAGGCAGUCACAAGUGCUGCUAUACUAUUGACUCCUCACUAGUGAGGCAAUCCAGCAAUAGCAACCGGGUAGCUUCACGAGGCACCUGCUCACUUUGGCAGCAUUCCACAUCUUGUGAAGCCAUAGGACAAUAUGGGAACAUCUUGCACCUGCAGCUCAUGGCAUGUAAUGGCUAUUGCUAGAUAUCUCAAGUAUGAGACACCCAACAACUCCCUGUACAGAGGCUGCCCUGGUCAAGCCUGUCAGACAAUGCUCCCGGGCUACACAUAGUCUCUGUAGAGGGCAUAUGCUGUAUUUAACAUGCAUUGGGCUAUUGUCUUUUACUCACAAAAGAAGCAAUCCAGAACUAUGGAUUCAUCUGCUUUUAGGCUGUCUGCCCCGAGAGACAUUCGUGGAGAUGGCAUUCCAUGUUGACAACUAAAGCAGCGUGAACUCUGUGAUUGGCUCUUACAGCUGUCACUCAACAUGGGGCACAGUCAGCUUAAGGGAUUACUCCAACCACCAUGGUAACUUCAGUGAUUUGAAGUGGUCAUAGUGGUAGGGUUUUAUGGAUGUUCAAUGUUUCAGCUUGAAACAGUGCAUAUCCUGAGUAAACUGCACUUUUGGUUGCAAAUGGCCCCUGCCACAUGUGACUUAUGCCCGGAGCCUAUUGUAAAUUCUUUGCACAUUUUAUGUCUGGUGACAGAUGUAAAGAUCUUCUCCCUUGCUCUCCCCUCCCUCCCACUGUUUGCUCUCUUCCGCUGUUGAAGAAAUUGAAAUAAUAGUUUUUUAAACCCUCCCUUUCUCCUCCUCCCUCCUUCCCCUCGUCAUCAUCACACAGGCUGUUGUAUAUGUCCAAUCAGAGGCUUCUCUAUGAAAAGCACAUGAUUGGACCUGGCACAGCAGCCCUGGCAUCACAAAGACGCGUAGAAAACGUCACCGGAAGCUUCACUUUGUGCUGGGUUCCAGGUAAGUAAUAACCUGAUUUAAUGCUUAUUUUUUAGUUACGGGGCAUUAUACUUUAAAACAUAAACUUAAAAUAAGGGGGGGGGGGUGGAGAAUCCCUUUAAGAAUGAUUGGUUAAGUUGGUUAGGGUUAGGUACAUUUUGGAAAGAAUUUAAAAACUUGACUCUGGUCCGUUUGGUAACACAAAAAUUGUCUUGGAACAAAAGAAAAGACAUAUCAGAAUUUUGGCAUCUUUGUAACUUAACCCUAUAAGUUCCCCAAAUAUUUUGCAAAGAUAUUCCUGUCGGUAUUUUAGAGAUUUGGUGUAUUUCGAGUAACACGCUAUACAAGGCCAGCGUAAUUCACUAUUUAAGAGCACUCCAAACAUCUCAAGAACUUCAGUUUCCUGAUGUAUUUAAGGUGUUAAUUGCCUAUCGCUGCAGAGUUAUUUUAUAAAAGUGCAGAUUUCAUAAGAAACCAAGACAUUUAUACACUGAUCAGCCACAGCAUUAAAACCACUGACCGAUGAAGUGAAUAGCAUUGAUUGUAUCGUUACAUAGCACCUGUCAGCAAGUGAACAGUUGGUUCUUGAUUUUCAUGAGUCGGAGGCAGGAAAAAUAUGGGCUAGCAAAAAGAUCUACGUGACUUUGACCAGGGCCGAUUAGUGAUGGCUAGAUGACUGGGUCAAAGCAUCUCCAAAUGGCAAGUCUUGUGAGGUGUUCCCAGUAUGCAGUGGUUCGUACCUACCAAAAAGUGGUGCAACUGAGGACAACCAGUAGACCAGCAUCGAGGUCCUGAUUCACGUGGGGAGUGAAGGCUAGUCCAUCUGCUCUGACCAAAUUGCUGGAAAACUUACUGCUGACCAUAAACACUUGCACAGUGACACAUUUAAGUCACAGUGACGCUUAGGGUUAAACGUGUUUCCCUGGGUGAAAUAGCACAGUCACCAACCUUGUUGGCUUCUAGGGAUAUGUAUAAAAUGAUUACUGUCGGAAAACAGGUAGCUGUGUGCCAAUUCAUUUCCAAAUGUCUUCGAAUUGAAUAAAAAGAAAACUGUACCUUUUUAUAUGUGGAGUUUAUCUGCACUAUAUGAAAUAGUUGUAAUAUACAGUUAAAAUGUUAUAAAAGUGGAAAAAGUCAAAAUUGUCGCCUCUGUUUCAAUUUAAUGUAUUUAUACAUUUACUGCAUGUGCAAAGGCAUCCCUAUGAUUGCAUAUUGUUUCAGUAUUUACACUGUUUAUAUUUUAUCUUUGUAAACAGCUUCUGUCUUGGAACAGAUCACAGUGAUGCAUCAAUCCCACCUUCUGGAUGACAGUAAUAGGUGAGACUGUACUUUGUGUAUGUGCAGGAAGAACCAAUCAAUGUUUAAAGGAUGGUAUAUCAUGUAAUAAUCACAUUUUGUCUCCCAGGUUGCAGAACUAUGCACCAGAUAUGCCUCAGAUUCUAUUUGAUGUGCAUCAGUCUGAUGGAACCUCAGAGUUCAAAAAAUCCAGACCAGGGAAGCCAUAUGCUCGAAUUUGUGUGUGCAGGUAUGGGACUAUAUCGAACAUUAGAAACCGAUUCACUUUCAGUGUUCCAAAUCCUACACAUUGUUGUUUAGCACAUUUAGAAGCACAGUUAAAUUUGGUUUUAAGUGAAAUAUGAAUUAACCAGAUGUUAUUUGGGAUAAAAAGUUCAAUGGAGGGAUUUUUUUUCUUCCAAAUGGCAGCUUCGUAUCUCAGCUAGCAGAAGAACCAUUUAGAGAAGGUGCCUGUCUGGAUUAAGUAUUAGCUAAUAAUGUGGAUCUUUUAUAUAACACUUUAAGUACUAGAGAUCCUUGGGGAUUGUAAAGCAACAUGUGUGUUCCAAGCAACAUAAAGCUCACUAUAGUGGUUAAAGUGCCACGAGUACCCUGGUGCCGUAUCACAGUAUGGCAUUAAAUCGUUUUAGCACAGAUUGACAACUUACCUGUGUCCCGCAAAGCACCCGUGUAACACAAGUCAGAUGUCUCUGUAGAGCAAAGCACAGCCAAGGAUCAUUGGCUCAGAGUACUCAGCUGACGCUCUCAGCCAAUCAUCACGGUCCAACCUGGCCAUGCUUUGCUCUGUACAGCAAUCAAGAUUAUUCUGCUGCACAAGACUAAAUGAAAUGGACGUAGCACAAGUGCCUAACUGGAACCAGGUAAGUUGUAAAACCAUACUAAAAUGAUUUGACAUCUUACCAUCACAUGGCGCCUGUGGACUCCUGGCACCAUAACCACUACAGUGGGCUACAAACAGAUAAUAUAAAAUGGUAAGAGCACACAAUAACAAAUACAUAUUACCACAUGUAAAUCAAUCAAACGGUAUUCCUGUAAUAAAAGACAGGGAAAAACAUUGGGUAGUAUAGUAAAACAAAGGUAAUAUACAGUGGAUGAUAAGUCUCACUCACAUGAUUUUGAGCCACUUAAAAUAAGCUGGCUCUUCUAAGGGCCUUGAAAGGACUGGUAUAGGAGAUCUCUAGAUAAAUAAUUGCAGCUUUCUCGUUCUUUUCUUUUCAAAUAGAAUCCAGGAACGUUUUGCCUGGUGUCCUUCAGACGCUGCUACCCUCCUCAUUGGCUGAGAUUCUCACCUGAUCACUCUCAGCAAAUGAGCUAAGCGCCGCACUAAUGGGCUUACCUCAGACAGAGCUUCUUUUACUUACAUUACUUACCCUGGAGGGGGAGCACUAAGGCUUUUAGACACCAUAACCACCAUCACUCGCUUCAGUGGUUAUGGUUUCUUACGUGUUUCUUUAAGCAGUUUGACUGCUAACGUUGGGGAGCGGGUGCUAUAGCACUCCUGGCACCAUAACUACUGCAUACUCUAGUAGUUGGGAUGCUUUGCAUAUUCCUUUAUGGUUUUUAUUAAGUUAUCCAUUUUAACAAACUUUAGUACUCUUAACAUCUCAGCUUUUCAAUCUUCUGUCUCCGUAAACGCUGUCUUGUUUUACUUGUAGCUUCGAUGAGCCAAUCCCCUCCCUGCAUACAGUGAAGUGCCUGGCGUUACGAAGCGGAGAUGUACCUGUAGUGUUUGCCUUAGUGAACUGUGGAGAAGUUGCCUUUUACACAUUUAAGGAUUUCCAGCUUCCAGUGGAUGUCUAUCCCUAGGGAUACAUGGCGAGAAGAUCACGAUUACCUAACUGAUUCAUUGGACUAAUGGUUUUAGUACUGUGGACAAUUCUGCAAGACCCAGAAUUGUUUUUUGCCUUUCAUUUUUAUCGAAAAUAAAAACAAAACCUGUCUGAUACGCACUUUUUUAUGAUAUUACAAAGCGUGAAAGAGUAUAAUCCUUUAAUAUGCAUUUCAUUUUUUUGUAUUUGGAAAACUAGAUCUUUAGAUGAAAAAAACUUAGUCUAAAUUUUCCAAACUCCUUCAAAAUGUAUUGGAAAGACAUCCUAUAAAUAGGUUAAGAGUUGAAGGCUAGAUCAUAUGCUGUGGUCUAAACAGGAAGAAAAAAACGAUGGACACACAUUAAGGUCUGAGGAUACCUUGAGAUAUAGGAGAAAUGUUCUCAGAAAUGAAUUGGGGCAGAUUGGCACAUUGUUAGACAUGGUGAGAUUGAGGACAUGGGGUUAUUCAAUAACGUUUGAAUUUGACAUUUUACGCCACAAUAAUUUAGUACGUUGGUUUUUGACAAAAUUCCAGGAUCAAUUUCCCUUAAUUCCCGGUUUAGUGGUUAUUGCUAUUAACAUUUAUAUAGCGCCAAUAUAUUCUGCAGUGUGUUACAAUUAUAGAAAGGAGAUAUUUAGAGAUGAAGACCCUGCUCAAAUGAGCUUAAGGAUUUUUAAGGCCAAAGUAGCUGAGCUGGGAAAAAUUCUCUAAAUCUGCCAUGCUCCCAGUUCUGUUAUUUUGGCCUUAAAUGAACCCUCCAUUAGCACUUGCACUUAAAGCACUCUGAUCCUAAAUCUUGCUUGAUUGGCAUGCAGCCGGGUGUGCAUAUACGCAUUGCUUACCUGACAGUAAUUUGAACUGACUUUGCCCCCUUUUGGGCAGAGUCAGUGAUACACGUCUUUUACACCCUCCCACCAGUGCUCCGCUUCUUAAGAGGAGGGCAUAUGUUUGCUCACUCAGUGAGGUUAUUAUUAACACCAUUACCACUGCUAGUGUAGAGGCCACAAGGCGAAGGGUUGAGGCUAUUUUAUCGCGCCAAAGCAGAUUCUACACCACACACACACCAACCAGAUUCUAUACGCACGCACGCACGCACGCCCCUAGACACACUGUCAUGCCAAAGGAUAAGUUGGCAUUUGGUAUCUGAUAGGACAUGUUGGGAUAAAAUUUAUUGUAGACUUUGAUCUAACACCAGGCCUAAGCCAUAUAAUGUCAUUACUAGAUAACCAUCACCAGAGCUGGACAUAGGGCGUCAUAAAAAGUAAUGGUGCAUUUGCUCUGACCCUGGGUUAUUCAAAGGAGAACAUCAUCAUUAUUGUUGUUAUUAUUUAUAUAGUGCCAACAAAUUCCGCAGCGGUUUACAAUGGGUGGACAAACAGACAUGUAGUUGUAACCAGACAAGUUGGACACACAGGAACAGAGGGGUUGAGGGCCCUGCUCAAUGAGCUUACAUGCUAGAGGGAGUGGGGUAAAAUGACACAAAAAGGUAAGGGAUAGUAUUAUACUAGUGACAGUUGCAGAAGAGGAAUCAGUCGGAAGCUAUUAACAGUUUGAUACGCUUUUAUGAAGAAGUGGGUUUUUACUGAUUUUUUUUUUUUGUGGAGGAGUAGUGGAGACUGGGUGAGCAUCUAACGGAGGAGGGAAGCGAGUUCCACAGGAACGGUGCAGCCCUCGAGAAAUCUUGAAGGCGAGCAUCAGAGGUGGGAGCACGGACAGAAGAUCAGCAGAGCAUAAGGGCCUAGAUGGGACAUACUUCUGUAUUAGGGAGGAUAGAGCGGUGGGAGCAGCACUAUGUAGAGAUUUGAAAGCAAGAACCAGAAUUUUAAAUUGAGCCCUAUAUCUUACAGGAAGCCAAUGUAGGGACUGACAGAAGGGUGAGGUCUGAGAGGCGCGGGCGAACAGAAAGAUGAGCCUCGCCGCCGCAUACAUUAUGGACUGGAACAGCAUAUGUUGAGAGCACGUAAGACCACUGAGAGGCGGAUUACAAUAGUCAAGACGAGAAAGGACAUGUAAACAUCAUGUAAGGAAAUAGGGAGAACAUGUUUAUAUAAUCAGAAGACCCAAUAUGAAUAUAUAUUCAGAUUGCCCAGGUUAUAUCCAUUUGUUUGGUACCAAACGUGCCCAGUGGAAGGUGUGCCGGUCAUGGGAAGCCAGAAUGGACCCUUUCCAAGGAGUUAAAGUUAGCAUGUUUGCGCAUUUUGUAAAGCCUCUUGUGUUUUCAAGUAAAUCCACAUUAGUGCCCUGGACAGGUUUGAUGGAGUAGGCAAUAAACUGCCAGGCCAAACCUUUCUGAUUCACCCAGGGGUCUGGCCACUUAGAAACAACCAGGUUGAGUAAUAUAAUGAGAAUGCUAAAUUAUCCAGAGAUAUUUCUGUUUAACAACUGCUUGGAGAACUUUAACAUCUGAACCUCCCACAAGAAUUCUAUACGAUCUGUAAAUAUAUGUACGGAUUUCUUGUGUUUUCUCCUAUUUUAUGGACUGUUUUGCAACUUAUCUCUGUUUUGGUAUGUAAUUUAUUUCUGUAUUUUUGUACAGGGCACUGUGAAU